UUAAACCAAAGGUCACAUGAACAGAAUUACGAAACAGAAUUAUUAUAAAAAUUACGUGAUAGUUUUGUCGCAAUCUGUCUGAAAUAAAGCAAUUGGCAGGUACCAAUCGGCAGGUACCAAUUUCAGGCGCCUGAGCCCAUGCCACCAGGAGGGGGAGCAGUGGAGCAGUAACGGGUGCAUGGAUCCAGGACUGCGGAGCCAGGAGGAGGAGGAGAUUGUGGUGGGGCAGUUCAAGGAGGAGGUAAAUGUGGUGGUGGAGGAGGGCAUCAAGGAGGAGGUAGAUGAGGUGGUGGAGGAGGGCAUCAAGGAGGAGGUAGAUGAGGUGGUGGAGGAGGGCAUCAAGGAGGAGGUAGAUGAGGUGGUGGAGGAGGGCAUCAAGGAGGAGGUAGAUGAGAUGGUGGAGGAGGGCAUCAAGGAGGAAGUAGAUGAUGUGCAGGAGGAGGACAUCAAGGAGGAAGUAGAUGUUGUGCUGGAGGAGGGCAUCGAGGAGGUUUAUGAGAUGGUGGAUUGUGAUCUCACAGUAGAGCCCCUCCUCAUUCCGUUGGAACCACUAAUAUCCGACGUGUCCCUCCGUGACCCUCGCCACGCCCUCCAGGUGGACCUAACCCUGCCGCGCCCUGCCUUCGCUCUGGAUGUGCUGUGGUCCCCUGAAGACCUGGCCCCUGUUCCUCCCCUCCCCCAUCGACUCCCCGUCCCUUGCACCUCCCCCAAGCCCUGCGGGACUCAGAACACAGCCUUCCCUCCAGGACAACAACAACUCCCAGGAGGCAGCAGGAGAAAGCCUUGCUCUCUCUGGGAGCUCAGGAGGGAGUCAUGUCCAGGUGGUCACCCCCGGCUUUCACAACCUACCAGUCGCUGCGGUGGUACGGAUGACCCAACAUAACUCUGACGUACGACCAAAGCGACUGGCUGGACAAAUGAGGAGCAACAGCAGGAAUGUAGGCAGCAAUAAAACACUGAAAUACUUUUUUAAGAGUUUGGACCCGACUGCACCUCCGUUCGGACAGUUGAUGCCUUUAGAAAAUGACACUAGCACUUAAGGUUGUUUUUGCACCCAUGUUACUGUGAUACAUAUCAAACUAUGAACUGUCAGUAUUUUUCAGUUAACAGAUCAGAACAGUGAUAUGCAGAAAUGCAGAAGGAAACCAUUACAUAUGUUUCAUUUUAGGAUUUAACGUUUAAGAGCUUGUAAUUCUUUCUUCUGCAUUGGUGUGCAAUUAACACAUUUCUGUUUUUAAUAUCUGAAGAUGCAUACAUUUUUAAUAAACAUCCCCUAUAGACUAUCUACUUCAAGUUGAAAUAACGCAACCCAAAUGGAAAGGUGAAAGGUUUUAAUACAUUUUAUGACAUGGAAACUGUGACGACUGCACCCUCUGCAGCCACCUCCCCCUGCAUCAGACAGGCUCCAGCGAUCGACGUCACCGGUCUUCU